GUCUAUUUUGGUUUUUGGACGUCGCUAUCACAGGAACGUUUGCAUAACGCCAUUUUGUUACACGACAUUGUUUUGCUUGCCGGUCCAAAAAUGUUUCAGUCAACCAAAAGAUCGUAUGAUUACGGAAAUAAUUUUACAUCAGCUGGACAACAGUCAUGGGGGUCUGGGUCCUCUGGUCCAGGACAAACAGAAGGAAGUGAUAAAAAGAAGAAAAGAAAGAGUCGUUGGGCACAAGAUUCAGAGAUGGAGAAGACCGUUAUACCAGGGUUACCUACAGUCAUUCCUACAGGGCUUUCAGCGGAUCAAGAAAAUCAGUACUUGAUGCAACUACAAAUUGAGGAGAUAAGUCGUAGACUGAGAACGGGAGAUCUUGGCAUACCACCCAACCCAGAAUCCAGAUCUCCAUCACCAGAACCUAUUUACAACAAUGAAGGCAAGCGUCUCAACACUAGAGAAUACAGAACUAGGAAGAAGUUGGAGGAAGAAAGACACAAACUGGUUCAAGAUGCCAUGAAUAGCAACCCUGAUUAUAAACCUCCAGCAGAUUACAAACCUCCCAUUAUCCGAGUCAGUGACAAAGUAAUGAUUCCGCAAGAUGAACAUCCAGAAAUUAAUUUUGUAGGACUUCUCAUUGGUCCAAGGGGAAAUACUCUUAAAAAUUUAGAAAAAGAUACUGGUGCUAAGAUAAUUAUCCGAGGGAAAGGAUCAGUGAAGGAAGGUAAGAUAGGAAGGAAGGAUGGCCAACCAUUACCAGGGGAAGAUGAACCACUCCAUGCCUAUGUCACAGCUAAUAAUCCUGAAAAUGUCAACAAAGCUGUAGAAAAGAUAAAAGAAAUAAUAAGCCAGGGUAUAGAAGUUCCUGAAGGACAGAAUGAUUUGAGACGACAACAGCUGAGAGAACUGGCUUUAUUGAAUGGUACACUGAGAGAAAACGAUGGAUUAGCGAAACUGAAACAGCUACAGGAAGCCUCCACUAUCAUCACAAACAAUAUUCUGUGUACUGUGUGUGGUGGAGCGGGACAUUUGUCACAGGAUUGUAAAUCUAAGAGACCAGGAGAUACCCUGAAGAAUUUCAGUAUGCCUGCUCACCAGAAUUCAAUGGCUGAUAGAGCAAAAAUGGACAGUGAGUACAUGUCGUUGAUGGCAGAGUUAGGAGAAGGACCAACGUCAUCACCUAAACCACUGUUAUCUUCAAAUCAGCACAAUCGUCCCCUAUCACAACAGUUUAGGUUACCAAUAACACAACCUCCUCCUAACCCAAUGUCUUUGAAUCCACCAUGGCAGCCUCAUCAACAAAGAAACAUUCCUCCCCCACAAGUGGUCAAUAUAACCAACCUUGGCGGUCAGCAGCCGAAUCAGCCCCCAAACAGCUACAACGUACAGCCUGUACCACCCCCAUCAUCCGUACCCUCAUCAAUGGUACCGGCUCCAGUGCCACCACCAAGCUCAGUGAUGUCAUCACAAGCUGGUCCAAUGAUGAGACACUGGCAACAACCGGUAUCUUCAGCACCACAGAGUAAGUGGCAACAGCCACUAUUGUCAGCACCACAAAGUAAGUGGAAUCAGAGGACAUGGUCAGAGCCACAAAAUAUGCAGCCUCGUCCUGCAUUGAUGUCAGCCCCUCCCCCUCCUCCUCCAAGUGGUCAUCCUCAGCAGUCACAGCCAUGGAUGCAACAGCCACCAGUACAAGGAGUUCCUCCUCCGCCUCCAGUGACUUCAACAACAGGCCAGAUGCCAUGGCAACCACCUCCACCUCCAUCUAACAUGUCUCCAUGGCAACAGCAUCCCCCACACCACGGACAUCAACAACAAAUGCAGAAUCAGUUACCUCCUCCCCCACCCCCUCCCAGUAGUCAGCAAGGAUACAAUCACAUGGCCCCACCCCCACCACCACCAGGAGGAUAUAAUAUGUUAGCCCAGCCACCCCCACCACCACCAAACUGACAGACAAACAUUGUAAUGGACUGAUUUGUUUUUAAGACAUUUGUACAUGAAAUUCAUGCUGAUUUUACUGCAUUCAGUGGCUACAGAGAUAAAUCUGGAAUUGUUUUAUUGGAACAAGAUAUUCUUUUACGAUAUAUUAUAUAUAUGUAGAAUUGACUUGUUUCUCAUUUUAACACGAUACUAAUUAAUGAGUUUUAGUAGAAAAUUAAUCAAGUCACUAAUUUUCUAUAACAAAAGGAUAAAGGGAGAUGAUAUAACUGUACACUGUGUUUUGUUAAAGGUUGUAUUAUUAGUUGACUAAUUGAUGGCUCCUUUAAAAAAAUGAUUCUAGUGAGGAAUAGACCAUAAGAUUUUUAUAAGGCACUGGUGGAUGGACCAUGAUCCAUAGAUCUGUUUUUGCUCAAAGCAGAAGGAUCAUGGGUAAUUUAUUCUGAAUUCCAGAUUUAUUUCUUCCGAUUGUAUAAUUGACAUUUGUUUAUAUCAUGCCAGUCAGAUCUGUGUAAAACUUCUUCCUGAAACAAUCAGAUGGAGAUACGUCAAUUUCAAUUAAAUCAUUAAUUUUGUCAUAA